GAUCACUUGGUAGCAAGUUGGUGUGUUGGUUUUUCUAUGAAUCUUAUCCUCAUCCUCCCCACUACUCCAGCACACAUUCCUGCAAUUGCUUUUCCCCGCACCUCAACACCAUCCUACACUGUAAGUCAACGUGCCGGCUUUUGGAUGCAUUGUAUGCAUGUGGUCCAUCCACUUUCUGCAAAUCUCACACUUGGCUAUUUCUCCCUGCUAACCAUCUGACAACACAGACCAUACCCCACCAUGUCGUCCAACGCCAAACCUUUGCCUUUCCAAUACCAAUUCGGCGCUGGUAUGACAACCUCCAAUCCUGUUCUUGUGUCUGGGUUGAAGUUAACAAACAUGUGUAGGUGCUGUGGCCGGGAUCUCUGAAGUGAGUCUGCUACUAUUGUUUUGAAAAAUUCCGAGAGAAGAGAAAUGUUGGCUAAAUGGCGCCAUUUCUAGAUCCUGGUUAUGUACGUUUCCCAUGCUCAAACUUGAAAAAACUCUAGAAUCUAGCUAAUUCCUUCAAAAGGUACCCAUUGGAUGUCAUCAAGACUCGAAUGUAAGCUUUAUCGUCAAGUCCCUCGCAUCCGACGCCGAACCCGAUGUUGACGAACCUGCAGACAAUUACAAACUGGCACUGCAACUGGCGCAGAUAGAUAUAAUGGCAUGUUAGAUUGCUUCCGAAAGAUUCUAAAGAAUGAAGGGUACGUUGGAAAAUAUCGAUUGGAAACUUCGACUGAUCGCAGGCAAGUGUUGGCCGAUUUUAUCGUGGUAUCGAAGCUCCCAUUUUGAUGGAGGCGCCGAAGCGAGCAAUCAAAUUCGCAGCCAAUGACUCGUUUGGUAAAAUGUACCGAGAUCUAUUUGGCGUAAAUAAAAUGAACCAGUCGCUCUCAGUCUUGACCGGUGCUAGUGCUGGAGGUCUCGAAACGUUCGUUGUGGUACCCUUUGAGCUGGUCAAAAUUCGUCUUCAAGACAAAUCUUCCGCUUCCAAAUACAGUUCCACAUUUGAUGCACUUAAAAAGAUUGUCAAAGCUGAGGGUGUUCUUGCCUUAUACAAUGGAUUUGAGAGUACUAUGUGGAGGCACGUCAUAUGGAACGCAGGCUAUUUCGGUUCGAUUUUCCAAGUUCGCGAGCUCCUCCCCAAGACCGACAACAAAUCCACCCAGAUGGGCUUCGACAUGAUCUCUGGUGCGGCUGGAGGAAUCUGUGGUACAGCACUCAACACACCAAUGGAUGUGGUCAAGUCACGUAUUCAAAACAGUCCCAAAAUCGAUGGCGCAGUACCAAAAUACAACUGGGCUUUCCCAGCUUGUAAAACCAUCCUCAAAGAAGAGGGAUUCCUAGCAUUAUACAAAGGAUUUGGACCCAAAGUCUUAAGACUAGGACCUGGUGGAGGCAUCUUACUCGUUGUCUACACCGGCGUCAUGGACUUUUUCCGCAAGUGGAGAGGCGAUGUAUAAAGCCUGUUCAUGGGCGAAAAGACAUCUGACAGAAAUAUUGCGAUACUGGAGCUCCUUGCUUUCAAGUAUGAAGAGAGAGCCAUUUGUACAUUCUAGAGGCGCGACUAUGCAUUCCUGGGACGGGCGUCUUGCAUCUAACGGAGGAAUUUCCACGGGAUCUACUAGACGCUCGAAUGGAAUAGAGCACGGUACUUGGAUACGGGUUCGGACUCCACUAAGUACCUGGGCGGAGAAGAGAGCGAGUAUCAAAUACCAUAUCAAUUCCAGUUCUGAAUUUACA